AUGGGACCAAAAAGAACAGAUAAACAUUCAGAGAAAGGGAAAGAGAGAGUAGAUCGCGAAGAGCGAAGCAAAUACAAUUUCGAUCCCCUUCGACUGGAAGUGAAAUAUCCGGGAACAGCGAUAUUGUUGUUAAAGUGUCAGGAACGACCUGUACUUUUGGCAGCAGCUGCUGCUCUGUCCAAGUAUGGCAGUAAAUCUAAAGAGAAUCUGGAAGUCUUGUUCGAUCUUGAGAUCGUGGAAAGUGUGAUCCCGUUAAUUGAACACGAAGACCUGUUCACGCGAAGAUUUGCAGCAAAAUUACUGGCAGAAAUGAUACUCAUUCCCAAUGUCCGAAACUUUCUGAUGGACAGUAGCUACUAUAUUUGUUACUUCGCCAAAGUUUUCAUCUCUGACAAGGAUUUGUUCAUGCAAGAAUUUUCCUCUUCGAUAUUGGCAGAAAUAUCAAAUGAUUUGUUUGGUGCAGCACAAUUGUUGAAACAAUGCUCAAACAUGAACUUCUUGUUCGAAAGAGUUCAGUCGCCUGAUCCAGACGUGAAAAAGAACACCUUAGAAAUCAUGUUUAAUUUAUUACAAGAUCCCAUUGGAAUAAAAGAGAUCAUAGAAACAAAGAAUUUUAAUUUGAAUCUUAUAUAUGAUUUGUACGACUCGCCUUAUCCUGAUAUCCAAAGGCUUGCUCUGAACAUAACGCAUGAUUUAGUCAAUAGAAAUCAAGAUGAUCGUAUGCAGGAGCUUUUCAGAAGAUCCAACGGUCUCCAAACUUUAUUAAGAUUUCUAGAUAACGAUGAGUGGCAAGACCUUCACGCAGAGAUACUUAGGAUUCUUUGCUUGGCUUCUGAUAAUUCUGCAACAGUGGAGCUGCUUCACGACAUAGGUGGUAUCAGGCAGAUUUUGAAGUACAUAGAAGGCACAGUACACUCAAGACUGUUCAUGGAAGCCCUCGAUGUAGCUGUUAGACUUACCCAUACAUCUUUGGGUAGAAGUGUAACAUAUAUUAUUUGCUAUAGCUUAACAGUACGUAAUUACUGCUCUCCGAAUUAA